CCGGAGAUGUUUCCCUGCUCUUUUGGAACGCGUAAAGGUGUUAAAAUGUUGAAACAUGAACUCAAAACAAAAACAAAAAAUAAAAUUUAUCAGAUAGGAGCGAGAGGGCUGAAACCUUUGGAAGUCAUAGCUCUCUCCCUCUCCAAUUCCAACAAAAAAUCCCUAAAAAUCCUCAUUCUUUGAAUUAUAUCCCUUUCUUUUCUUCAAUUUCGAUUAAAAUUACAAUUUUUUUGUUCGUAAAAGAAAAUUUUUUUGAAUAAUAUUAUUAACAAUCACAUGCUCCUUCCUCAACAAAAUUUGAUCUUUUGAUGCGACGAUCGCAUGCCCGAAAUCGGGUCGAAUCCAAAUCCAAAUCCACCAACAAUUCACCUAAAAUGGACCCAAUUAAGCUCCAAAUCCGACCCAAUUCCCGAUCUACCGGUCUCUUUUCCCGAAACCCUCGUCAAACCAAGCCAACCCCUUCUUUCAUCGCAAUUUCGAUCGCCAUAUCUCUGGCUUUAGUGAUUUUUACUUGCAUUUUCCUUUUCUCCUCCAAAGAUUCCAAAAAGUACGGAAUCAUAAUCGAUGGCGGAAGCACGGGAACGAGGAUUCACGUGUUUCGAUACAGAGUUGAUGGAGGCAAAAACCCGGUUUUCGACUUUAAAGAAGGGUUGGAUAGCUUGAGGGUGAAUCCGGGAUUGUCGGCGUACGCGGAGGAUCCGGAAGCAGCUGCGGAUUCACUGGUAGAGCUUCUGGAGUUUGGGAGAAGGAAUGUUCCGAGAAAACAGUGGGGAGAGACGGAGAUUAGGUUAAUGGCAACGGCGGGGUUGAGAUUGUUGGAUGUUGAGGUGCAGCAGAGGAUUUUGGAGGAGUGCAGGAAGGUGCUUAGGGUGUCUGGGUUUAAGUUUCACGACGAGUGGGCUUCGGUUAUUACAGGCUCUGAUGAGGGGGUGUAUGCUUGGGUUGUUGCAAACUACGCACUUGGUACACUUGGAGGUAAUCCUCUGCAUACAACUGGAAUUAUUGAACUUGGUGGGGCAUCUGCUCAGGUAACCUUUUUCUCAAGUGAGCCUAUGCCUUCUGAGUUCUCACGCUUCAUCAAGUUUGGGAAUUUCACUUACAAACUUUAUAGCCACAGCUUACUUAAUUUUGGCCAGAAUGCUGCACAUGAAUCAUUGAGGGAAUCACUUAUUAAAGGAGAUUUCAGUCCAGCUGCUGACUCUCUUCAUAAGGAAAUGUAUGUUGAUCCUUGUACACCUAAAGGUUACUUGCCUAAGUCAUCGAAGCCUUUACUAGGUCCUAUGGCUGAAAAAAGUAAAUAUAUUUCUGAACUUCAAGCUAGGGGUAACUUCUCAGAGUGCAGAUCUGCUGCACUAAUGCUAUUACAAAAAGGAAAAGAGAAAUGUGCCUAUGAUCAAUGUUAUUUGGGGUCAGUUUUUAUGCCCAAGCUUCGAGGGAAAUUUUUGGCUACAGAAAAUUUCUUCUAUACCUCAAAGUUCUUUAGGUUGCGCCAAAGGGCCUUUCUUUCUGAUCUAAUGAUGGCGGGGCAACAUUUCUGCGGAGAGGAUUGGUCAAAAUUGAAGAAUAAACACCAAUCACUCGAUGAGGAAGAUCUGUUGCGCUAUUGUUUUUCUUCAGCAUAUAUUGUGGCCUUACUUCAUGAUAGCCUUGCAAUUGCUUUGGAUGAUGAGAGGAUCAGCGUUGCUAAUCAGGUAGAAAAUAUACCACUAGAUUGGGCCUUGGGAGCUUUCAUAUUGCAAACCUCAGCCAACUCAAAUGUGCGGCAAACUGACUGGAUAACUACCAUUAUCAGCAAUGAUUCACCCACACUAUUCUCCAUCAUUGCCAUUUCUGCGAUAUUGAUGUUCAUAGCUUGGUCUAUAUCAAAAUGGAGGAAACCCCAGAUGAAGACAGUGUAUGAUCUAGAGAAAGGACGAUAUAUCGUUACUCGUAUUGGUAGAAGUUGAUAGCAUUGUCCAGAGGAGAUUGAACAAAUCCAUACGAUUUUGCAGCCAAGGAGGAUGGUAUGCUUCCUUGGUUGACUGCACCCCCCUCUUAAGGACACCAUGUCAGUGUGAAAUGUAACAUUGUAUAUCAUCGAGUUUCAACGUAGAGUUUAGCGUAACCUUUUCAUGGGGAACUAGGAUAGAAGAUAAGCUUCCCAUUUUGUAUUUACCAGGAACUAAAAUCCUAGUUUAUUGUACCACUUGCCUGUCCAUUUUACCUAUACUACAGGAUUAGAGAAGGAUGGGUGUGAUGGAUUAGUUGUGGAGUAUUAUCAGUGAUGUAUCACUGCUUCCUGAAAUGUUGUCUAAAGUGCCUUCUGAAGUCUUGGUUGCUGUUUUGCUAUGAAAAUUUGUUCAUUUCUCAA